CUCCUCCUCUCGGCUCGUCUGGCUACCUCUCCUACUCCUCUCCACACAAACAGUCCCAUUUAGAACAGCAUGGUCAUGGCUGACAGUGUCCAAAAGCCGCAGAUCCGGGGUCCCGUCCGAGUGGGCUUCUACGACAUCGAGCGCACUUUAGGAAAGGGCAAUUUCGCUGUCGUGAAAUUGGCCCGGCACCGCAUAACCAAGACCGAGGUGGCCAUUAAGAUCAUCGACAAGACCCAACUGGAUGCUGUCAACCUGGAGAAGAUUUACAGAGAGGUUCAGAUCAUGAAAAUGCUGGACCACCCUCACAUCAUUAAGCUCUACCAGGUGAUGGAGACGAAGAACAUGCUUUACUUAGUCACGGAGUAUGCCAAGAAUGGGGAGAUCUUCGACUAUCUGGCGAAGCAUGGCCGUCUCAGCGAGCUGGAGGCCAGGAGGAAGUUCUGGCAGAUCCUGUCGGCGGUCGAGUACUGCCACAACCGAAACAUCGUCCACAGAGACCUGAAGGCUGAGAACCUGCUCCUGGAUGGACAUAUGAACAUCAAGAUUGCAGAUUUUGGAUUCGGAAACUUCUUCCAGCCCGGGGAACCUCUGGCCACAUGGUGUGGCAGCCCGCCCUACGCUGCUCCAGAGGUCUUCGAGGGACAGCAGUACGAGGGCCCUCAGCUGGACAUCUGGAGUAUGGGGGUGGUACUGUACGUCCUGGUGUGUGGCGCGCUGCCCUUCGACGGGCCCACUCUGCCCGUUCUCCGACAGAGAGUCCUAGAAGGAAGGUUUCGCAUCCCCUACUUCAUGACUGAAGACUGUGAGCACUUGAUCCGCAGGAUGUUGGUCCUGGACCCAUCAAAGCGUCUGUCUGUGGCCCAGAUUAAGGAGCACAAGUGGAUGGCUCUGGAUGUGCCGGUGCAGAGGCCUGUCCUGUACCAGCAGCCUCUGUCUGCUGAGGGAGAGGCGGGUGUGGGAGAAUACAGCGAGCAGGUCCUGCGCCUCAUGCACAGCCUCGGCAUCGACCAGCGCAAGACGAUCGAGUCGCUCCAGAACAAAAGCUACAACCACUUUGCUGCUAUCUACUAUCUGCUGGUGGAGCGGCUCAAGGCCCAUCGCUGCAGCUUCCCCGUCGAACAAAGACUCGACGCCCGCCAGCGACGACCCAGCACCAUCGCCGAGCAGACUGUCGUCAAGUCGACCAGUGGUUCGGCCCAGGUGGGUUUGCUCCCGCAGGGCGUUCGUCUGUUGCGCUCCCCCGCUGUGCCCCAAGCGUCCACCGAUGCUUUCACCUUCUCGCAGACUGCAUGUCCCCUGGAGCAGAGUUUCAUGGUGGAGGAUGUAAACACGCCCAAAGUAAACGGCUGCCUGCUGGACCCCCUGCCUCCCACCACUGUCCUCCGCAAGUCUUCCACCUCGUCGCCUAGCAACAUGAUGGAGACAUCGAUUGAUGAGGGCAUAGAGACGGAGGAGCCCGACACGGAGGACGAUCCCCCCCACCUGCUCUCGGCCUAUCAAACGGCUCGGUUUGGCCAGAGGAGACACACCCUGUCUGAAGUCACUAAUCAGCCGGGGACAUCGAACCAAGGUAAAUUGUUCACCCUGGGCCACAACCCCUCCAUGGGCAGCGUGGACUCCGACAUCGGCUACGACAUGGGCUCCAUGCACAGCGACCUCGGUCUGCUGGAGGAUCCCCCCUCCCUCAGCGAAGUGGUACCAGCCAACAGCUCUGCCCCCGGCGUCGCCCCCACGCCUUUCCUGAGCACGCGGCCUGCCAACCCAGCGAUGGCCGCCCUGACUUCCCAGCACAGAGAGACGCACAACCGGUCCCCCAUCAGCUUCAGAGAAGGACGCCGCGCCUCCGACACCUCCCUCACCCAAGGUCUGGUCGCGUUUCGCCAGCACCUCCAGAACUUGGCGAGGACCAAAGGCAUCCUGGAGCUGAAUAAAGUCCAGAUGCUCGUGGAGCAGAUGGGCUCCGGGGAUGGGGCCACCAUGGGCCCCCUGGGACCACAGCACCACUUGCACAAUCUCCUCGAGGGUGAGGCAUGCAAGCAGCAGGAGGGCCUAGCUUUAUACCCAGGCGGGCCGCAGCCGCCUCUCCUUUCCCGCAGACAGAGCUUGGAGACUCAGUACCUCACUCACAGGCUGCAGAAGGCCAACGUCUUGGCUAACAGUCCCGCUAGCUGCCAGCUUUUCUGUAAAGAGACUCCUCGAAGUUUAGAGCAACAGCUGCAGGAGCACAGACUGAACCAGAAGAGGAUGUACCUGCAGCAGUCGCAGGGCCUGGGCCUGCAGGCCUACUUCAACCAGAUGCAGAUAGCUGAAGGAUCCUACCCGACAGGAAACCCGGCUCUGGACCCAUCGGCGCCGCAGAGCCCCCCUCAGGGCCCCCCCCUGCCGGCCGGCCACCAGCCUCAGCCCCAGCAGCCGGGCAGUCCUCAGGCCUCCCCGCCCUUCGGCCACGGCCUGAGCCCGCUGAUGGAGCCGAGCGAGGGCCUGGUCUACGACCCCUACAUGAGCCAUCACCACUACGCCCAGCACCUGCCUGCCGGGCCUCACCUCCACCACCAACUCCACCACCCCCAGCCUCACGAGGCCUCCGCCGCCAGCCUGGGCUACAGCUACCCUGCGGGAUGUGACCAGCAGGUGCUGGGCCCCCCCGCCGAGCAGUACGACUUCUCUCUGGACCCCGCCUCGCUGCCCCACGCCGCCGCGGGAGACGCCGUAGCCGGGGUCCUGGGCGGACCGGGGCAGCCGGACGGCCUGGUCCUGCCCGAGCUGCAGGGCUCCCUCCUGGACAGUGAGAUGAUGGAGACGGUGGACUCGCAGCACGGCUUCGUACUGGUCAACUGAAGCCGGCCGAGAGCUCGACAGCGUUCAGUAUUAAGCAACGAGAACCUUCACAGCAUUAAGAGCAGAGAGGACGGAGAUGGACGGAGGCCCUACGCGUAGCAACAGGGAAGGAAGUGUCCAUUUCUCUUUUUGUACAACUAAUACAAACUUGAUCUCCUAGUUGUGACGAACCUCAAACUUUCUACCAAAACUCUUCCUUUAGCCUACCUCCCUUUCUCCCUCGACUCCUCUGUUCUCGUCGUCGCCGUCGGCCUCGCCGGGCUGGAGCAGGUCCGACUCGUGGCGCAGCGUCACCUCGGGUCUUCGGCGAGGCCGCUGAGCCACCUUGUGAAGACUGCGCCGUGUCGCGCCGGUGGUGGUGAGAGAGCGGAGCGGAGGCCGGCGCCGCCUCCGCCGCGUCUCACCUGCACGUGGUUUGAAACCGAACUCGUUUGGGACUGACGGAGUGGCAACCGGAAGCACAACGGCUGGCAGAGCGUUUUGUAUUUAACAUAGGACACCACUGAGAACAAUGGACUGGUUGCCCAGACACUUUUUUUUUUUUCAAAAAGAUUCCAGUAGAUGAGAAAGGAUUUUUGUUGUUGUUGUUGUUUUUGUUUUGUUUUGUUUUUUUCUUUCAAGUGAAGACGCCCUCAUUUAUCAUGGUACCGAAUAGCACCACAACUUCAAAUGUUAAAUGUGCUUUAUUUCCAGACGCUAUUUAGACACUAAUGUGCAGAGUCGAGCGUGGCUGUUUUAACACUAUUCCUUCAACAUACUUCUGCCUUCUCUUCAAACACCUCAGACAUGCUACACUGGUGUUUUUACCUGCGAUAAACUCAUCAAGCUUCUCUUUUUUUUUUUUUUUUAGUUUGAUCCAUGAGGAUAUCAGCUAUGUGUGACAUUGAUUAUAAGUUGUUUUUGUAAAUUCUAACUACUGAUCCUGAUUGAUUUCUUACACUACUGAACGGCUUCUCUGCCUUUCCCCCAUUCGACGGCGCGCAGAUUUCCGAAGCGAUGAAGUCAGCCGCCGGGUUUCGCCGGUGAAGCGGCCACAUUUAAUAGUUGAAAUGCGGACGGUGCGUUUUCCUGAUAAAUGAGGGCUGGUUGUGAUUCGAACGCGCUGGGCUGAGAAGUUGCGGUGUUGAAUAAGUCGAUGUUAUUCUAUUUUCGUGGCAAUACUGAAGCAAUAUUAAUCCUGAACGUUGGAGGGAUUGUGUAUGACAAGCGUCACCUGUACAGCCGCUCCGAUUGGUUCCUGAGGUCCUGCGAGUCGUCAGCAGGGACGUCACUCGAGCUCAUGAUGUAACCAGGAGAUAAUCUCUCACCCUUUUUUUUUUUUUUUUUUUUUUUUGCCCUGGCAGUGCAGGGAUUAGCCUGCAGACGGCUGAAUGGAUGGUACUGUGCAAAAACUUUCACAACAUGAAAAGUCAAACAGUGAAACCAGGAGGAGCUUUUAUCGUCCGCCCGCCCUUUAACUCGGCAGCGGUUCUCGCCGGUACUCUUGCACACAGUGUCCUCCAGGUACUUUAAGGUAGUUUGGCUUGUUGCGAGCAUCUUGGAGAGCUCGUUCUGUCUCGGUAGCCUCAGACUGACUCCAUGGUGGGAUCAGUGCUGCAGAGCGGGACAAUCAGCUGCUCUCAUCGUGGUUUCACAAGCAAACGCAAACAUUUCAGUCGUUUUUGGUUCUUAUUACACCUCAUAAGUCAUAAAACUCAAAGCUAUAGCUGAAAUGUUAGAGGUGUUAAAAGAGCUGAUAAACCUUUUCAGUGAUAGUAAUUUUAAGAUUUACCUGCACAUUUCAGAUGGAAAGCUUAAACAUCCCACUUUUCAGAGAUCUUUUUGCACAGUACUGUGGGAGUGUGUUCAGUUGAGAACUGAGAUUUCCCGCGUCCUUCAUUAGAAUAAUCACAACUGAGCUUCCCCCUCUGUCGGUGCAGUCGUAGCUUUUAGAUUAAUUCUGGUUUACAUCCUCAAAGCUCCAGUCAUGCCUCUGUGUUGUUUUAAUGAUGUGUUGCGUUAAAUCACAAUGAGAUGACCCCUCGAUGAUUCCCCGCGUCCGAUUUCGUUGAGGAAUGUUUCGUCUCUGACGUCGAGGCUGCUGCGAGACGAAGGCCACCUUCACACUGGAUUCCCUCUGUUGGCUCUUUUCCAGCACUUAGACUGUGUUCAGUCAGCUCGAAGCACACGGACGCAUCUCCUCUGACAGAAGAUCCGACUAAACCUACGGGACGGCGAACGCCACAGGGCCGAGACGACCGGACUGUGCGGCCUUCGGUGGCCUUGGGGUCAGCUGCAGGAGUGUUUGUGCAGAUUAAGCCUCUCUUUGCUCAUAUCUUAAUCGGAGACGUUUGGGACUGGCAGUUACUCAGUAGUGAUGGUAGGAAAUUGUGGACCAACUGUGGUUGCAGUCCUGUGCAAAACUUCAUGACAAAAUCCCCCCCAAAAUGCUUUUUUAUUAAUAUUUAAGACCGUUUCAAUUUGAUUGUCAGAUUAUUCCCAGCGACCAUUGCUUGAUUCGUCCCGUUUGGAACACUCAUACAGAACUUAACCACUGCUCCCUCGCUGCCCCGGACGGAAACAAUAACGGUGUGUAGCUGAAGAGCGUUCACACCUGCCAUUGUGUGCCGACGGCAUACGAUCAGUGUUUGGACAUUUGACGUGCCGGUCACCUUUUCACCCUGACGUUUCACAGUCGCACAGGCAGCGACGGUAAUAAGCCCAAAAACAAUAGCCGGAGUGGAGCAGAACAUGCAGCAGGACAGGUCCUGCACCUGCCUUAUUAGAUCCACCCGCCAGUCUACACACACACACACACCAUUGUCUGUUUGAUCACACAGCCGCAUUUUGUUGAGAAGUCAGCUCACGCCCUGUCGAAGAGGCGGAGCUACACACACAUUUCAACAACAGAAAAUCAGAACACCAUCAUCUGCAUAUGUUUUAGAUUUACCACACAAAAUAAACUGAAAUAUGGCAGCUUUAACAAACCAGAAGAAUCAAAACUACAGUAUCUCGAAAUCUGGGAGUAUCUCAUGAAAUAAGGUUUUUUUUUUUUUUCUGUUUUGAAGAAAUAAGUGUAUCUUGAGAGACACUUGAUUUUAAUUCCUCCACAGAUGAAAUACUAUUAACAUUGACUGAUGGUAAAAGAGCAUUGCUACAUGGUGGAUUUUGCCUUGAAGUGAAUCUUUUGACGAUUGUUUUUUUUUUUCCUUGGUUUUGUCCACGGCCGCGGCUGAACUGCGGCGGUGGAGUACUGGAGCACUUUUUUUUGACAACGCGGGGAAGGAGCGAUGUAGCGAGAGGAGGAGGAGGAGGUGGAAAAGGCUCGUAUUGCUCCGCCGUUUCCUGGUGGAUGAAACGAGCCGUUAAUCUGUAGGAAACACCUUUCUCCUCCCUCUUCCCCACCAAUAAUGGACACAAAACAAAUUUCUUUCAAAGAAAGACCAGACGUAGUCACACUUUUAUUUGAUUGUUGAUUUUAAUCAGAGGAAGAGCGACACUUCUCAGUUUAUUAUGAUGAGUGUUUUGUACAGAUUUCGGGGGGGUGUAGUGACUCUGCAGUGCGCUCUGCUCGCACUGAGGUGAAUUUUGUGUUGAAUAGUGUUCAGUGUGCCUUUUACUUUUCAUAUUUUCACUCUAAAUUAAGAUUUUUUUUCUUUUUUUUUUCUUUUUUUUUUGAAUAGCACCGUUGUUUUCUGGUUGGACCCUUUCUAUCAUUUAUUUUGAUUACUUCUGUCUCUUUCUGUAUAUUCUCUCUCUCUCUCUCUCUCUCUUUCUCUCUAUAAAAGUAAGUAGAGCCAGGUUUUACAAAGGUACAAAACCAAAGUCCCUCAGAAGUUUCCCUGUACGACCCACCGUGUGGAGUUUUGGAGCUUCUUUGUCAGCUUCUCUACCGUGCUUUUCUCUCUCUCUCUGUCUUUCACUCUCUCUCUCUCUCUCUCUCUCGUUGGUCAAUCAGUGUAUGACAUUUAAAAGUAUUAUAGCAAUAUUUCUCUAGUUCAAGACUAAACUCAUGAAGAUUCUAGUGGAUGUGUUUCCAAGUAUCAUAAUUUCACCUCCUGCUGAGAAAAUGACAAAAAAAGAAUCUAUCAAUAGAAAUCCAGUUUUAUAUUUACCUUCAUUGAUGUUGACCACACAUAAGCUAACUUGCUGUUGAGAUUAAAAAAAGGUUUAUUGAACAGAG